AUGGUUAUAUAUAGUCCGAAGUGUCACCAUACAUGGGGUGGAAGAGAGAAGCAAAACUUUGUCUGAGUGAGUGGCGAUAUUUUGGUCAGCAAGACGCUUCCAAGUCUCUCAGGCCAACCUGACACUCAGCGUUCACUUCUCCAAGGUUUUCCUGACAUGCCUACGAGGGCCAUGCCGGUUUAUCAGAAAACACAGACACAUGUUGGACAUCAGUAUUCCAGCUCAAAGCAUGUUGUCCAACAGAUCUCAUCGAGGAAAUCAAGCACCAAGUCAGCGAAGAAGGAGCAGGUUGUGGCCACUGAGGUUAUGGCGGAACCAGCCUAUACGGUGCCAGCCUUCAGAGAGAGGGAACCUGAAGGAAUGGAGGAAUAUCAACGUGUGUCCACUCAUCUUGAGAGAAAUCUGAAAUCCCUACAGGAAGACCUACAUAAGAUUAGGGUGGCCACUCAUGAGCAAGUGGUGAAUAUUGAGAUUACAAAUGAGGUGAGAGCAAUGAAGUACAUCAGGAAAGAGCUUACUACUGAGAUUCCUAAAGCCCCAGAAUUCCUGCUGGGACUGAGAGCUCACACCGUGUGGGAGAAGAUGCCCGUCAAGCUCUUCUGCACUGUCUCUGGCACACCAACCCCUAUUGUCCAGUGGUAUAAGAGUGGUGUUCCCGUUGACCCUCUGAAUGCACCUGGAAAAUACAAAAUCGAAAAUAAAUACGGAGUUCACAGUCUGAUUAUUAGCAGAUGCACAAUAGCUGAUUCUGCUGUGUACAGCGCUGUGGCUACCAACUCCCAGGGCAAGGUUAUCUCUAAGGCCACAGUCUGCGUGAGAAGACCACCUGGGGCUGCAGAGAGCUCUUAUCUUCCAGGCCUAGCACCCUUGACUUCUGAUAUCCGGCGUAGCAAGCUAGAAGUGACCCUGCUUGAUAGGUUUGGAGUGACAUUUGGCAGGGAGGGCGAGUCAUUGACUCUGGUGGCCAACAUGGUGGUGGUGCCUGACCUUCCCAAUUUGCCACCAGAGGUUAUGUGGUACAGAGAUGAUACUCUACUGCUGCCAUCUAGAUGGGCUGAGAUGCAUGUUGGUGGUGGGGCUGCCAAACUGACUCUUCCUCACCUGAACAAGGAUGAUGAGGGUCUGUACACUCUGCGCAUCUGGACCAAGGAUGGAACCACUGAGCACAGCGCCUACCUGUUUGUCAAGGAUGCUGCUCCAUCAGUAGCUGGAGCCCCAGGAGCUCCCAUGGAUGUCACAGUGUCUGAUGCCAAUAAGGAUUAUGUCCUCGUCUCCUGGAAGCCUCCCAACACCACCAAUGAGCCACAUAUCACCGGAUACUUUGUGGACAGACGCAAGUCUGGAACUAAGGACUGGAUCCAGUGCAACAGCACCCCUGUUAAGUUGUGCAAGCUUCCUGUUCAAGGACUCACUGAGGGUGAUUCCUACCACUUUCGGGUCCGGGCUGUGAACAGCGCAGGGAUCAGCCUGCCCUCUAGGAUGUCCACUGGAGUGACCUCUGCUGAUUUGGAAAGUGACGUGCAAGUGAUUACAAUCGAGGGGAAGUAUGAUAUUGCAAUUCGACAGGAGGAACUACAACGAGUGUGUGUUACGUUGCCGGAGCCCCCGACAGACGUGCAUGCUACUGAAAUAAAUCAAACAUAUAUUGUUCUGAGUUGGAAUCCACCCAUUCCUCGAGGACGGGAAACUGUGUGGUACCUCAUUGAAAAGUCGGUGGGAGACAGUAACUUGUGGCAGAGAGUCAACACGGGAGUAGAAAUACGCUCCCCACGUUGCCCUCUUUACGAUCUGGAGGACAGGAAAGCAUACCGUUUCCGUCUUAUCACAGUCAACAAGUACGGCCCGAGCGAACCAUCAGAGCCCUCGGCUCUCAUCCAGAAGGCAGACCUUUAUGGAGUUCCAUCAGCUCCUGGUAAGGUCAUCGCUUCAAGAAACACCAAAACAUCUGCCUUUGUGCAGUGGGACCCCCCCAAAGAGGGCAGAAAUCUCAUGGGGUAUUAUGUGGAUUGUUGUGUGGUUGGCUCCAAGGUUUGGGCCCCCUGCAAUCACAGGCCCUACAAGCACACCAGGUUCGUGGUCCACGGCCUGACUCCUGGUGAUAAGUAUAUAUUCCGUGUCCAGGCAGUAAAUGCCUACGGCCUGAGUGAUGAGUCUCAGGAGUCCGAUCCUCUCUUCAUCGAUGCUGCUCUUGCUGUUCCUUCUGCCCCAUACGGCAUCAGUCUGCUCAGCUGUGAUGGUGCCUCCAUGACCCUUGCCUGGAAACGUCCUAAACACACAGGUGGAAGCAAGAUCACAUCCUACUACCUGGACAAGCGUGAUGCAGACUCUGUGAUGUGGAAGGAGGUCAGCUCAAGACCUGCCACUAGCAGGGUUUAUAAGGUGGAGAAUCUUACCGCUGGAACAUUCUAUGAGUUUAAGGUUCAAGCCGCCAAUAUGGCUGGUGUCGGUCUGCCAUCUGACCCCAGUGUGCCAUUUGCAUGUGAGGCCUGGACCAUGCCUGAGCCUGGCCCUGCAUACGACAUCAGUUUCUGGGAGGUGCGAGAUGAUUCCCUCUUGGUGCAGUGGAAGGCUCCAGUAUACACCGGUGCCAGUGCCAUCACAGGUUACUUUUUGGAAAUGGCCAAGAAAGGAUCCUCCAAUUUUGUUGCAGUGAAUGCUGAGGCUGUGAAACAUUGUUACUUGAAGGUGACUGGUCUGGAGACAGGAGCUUCAUACGUGUUUAAAGUACACGCAGUAAAUGCCUCGGGUAAAGGAAAGGCCUCAGAUGUGUCUGAGGCUGUGUGUGUUAAAUCUCUGGCAGGUACAAAGGAGAUUGUAUGUGGUGUGGAUGAGGAGACUGGAGAUGUUUUCUUGUCCUUUGAAGCUUGUGAGACAUCUGAGCAGUCCAAGUUUAUUUGGUCAAAGUCCUACAAAGAAAUCACAGAAUCCAAGAGAGUCACCGCCUCUGCCGUUGGAAGAACCUCCAAGCUGACAUUUGUAAACCCUGAGAAGGAAGAUCUGGGUCUCUACUCUGUGGCUGUGACUGAAACAGAAGGAGUGUCUUCCAGUUACACCCUGGAGGAGCAGGAACUUAAAAAAAUGCUUGACCUCAGCUACAACAUCAGACAUCCAAUUGUUCCUCUGAAGACAGAGCUGAGCUAUGAAGUUCUUGAGAAGGGUCAUGUGCGUUUCUGGAUGCAGGCAAAGAAACUGUCGCCUGCUGCAUCCUACAGGUUCAUCGUUAAUGAUAAGGAGAUCACUAGUUCUGAGGGUCAAAAGAUUAGCCACAAUGCUUCCACUGGAGUUAUUCAGAUGGUAAUUGAACACUUCACCAGGGCCAACGAGGGCACAUAUACUGUUCAGAUCACUGACGGAAAAGCCAAGAACCAAAGCUCUCUGGUGCUGGUGGGAGACGUCUUCAAGGCUGCACUGAAGGAGGCUGAAUUUCAGAGAAAAGAACACCUCAGGAAACAAGGUCCUCAUUUCUCAGAGUACCUGUCUUUCCAUGUGGAUGAUGAGUGCACCGUUAUGCUUGUAUGCAAGUUGGCCAAUGUAAGGAAAGACACCACAUUCACCUGGUUUAAAGAAGAUGAAGAAAUCACUCUUGAUGUUGCACCCAACCCAAUGUCUGGAUCCUGUGCUCUUCCUAUCCCCUUGUUUUCCAGAAAAGACCAGGGCAUUUACAAAGCUGUAUUGAGUGAUGAUCGUGGAAAAGAUACUUCUGUUUAUGACAUUUCUGGCAAAGUAUUUGAAGAUAUCAUCAAUGCCAUUGCCCACAUUUCUGGCUCGUCUGCCUCUGAACUGAUGUUGCAGUGCACACCAGAGGGCAUCAGGCUGCAGUGCUAUAUGAAAUACUACACAGAGGAAAUGAAGACCAGCUGGUUUCACAAGGAAAGUAAAAUUGCUUCUUCGGAGAAGAUGAGGAUCGGAGGCACGUCUGAAAUGGCCUGGAUGCAGAUCUGUGACCCUACUGAUAGGGAGAAAGGCCAUUACAGGAUUGAGGUUCACGAUGGUAAAACUGCCCACACCCGUUCCUUUGACCUCUCUGGACAAGCAUACAAUGAUGCAUAUGCUGAAUUCCAAAGACUCAAGGCUGCAGCAUUUGCAGAGAAAAACCGUGGCAGAGUCGUGGGUGGACUGCCAGACGUUGUCACCAUUAUGGAGUAUAAGACAUUGAGUUUGACAUGUACAGUGUGGGGUGACCCCAAGCCGGAGGUCACCUGGUUCAAGAACGAACAGGAAGUAGUAUCUGAUGACCACAACCAGAUCAGUUUCGAGAGUGGCAAGUUUGCAAGCCUCACCAUUAAAUCUGUUACAGUGGAUGACUCGGGCAAGUACAGCAUUAAUGUGCGGAACAAGUAUGGCGGUGAGUUUGUGGAGAUCACCGUCAGUGUGUACAAGCUGGGUGAGGAUAUCCCUGAACCCAAGUUGGGACAGAUGGCGAAACCUAGCACAGCAUCCAAGUCGGUUGCACCAUCCUCCUCAAAGCCCCAGACUCCUGCAACAUCCAUGAAGAGCUCUACCCCAGCCCCGACUGUUAAAUCCCCAACCCCAGCUCCACCCCAAUCUGUAAAAUCCCCUAGCCCAGCUCCAAAAUCCCCUGUCCCCACUCCCAAAUCCCCCACCCCACCUAGGAGUGCCAAGUCCCCUACUCCACCCAGAUUCAUGAGGUCCCCAACACCCACCAAGAAGUAAACAAAAGGCUGUUACACAAAAGGCUGCCAGUGGAUAAUGUAGAUGUUGAUAUAGCAAAACAAAAUGUUGCUAUAUCAAUUAGUGCUUGAUAAUAUUUUAAAAUCACAGAUGUGGUAUAUGAAUAAAAACUUAUUGGCCAAAAUAAAAGAAUAUUGACAAGUUAACCUUGUUACUCUUAUCAUUAUAAUAGAGGUAGUUUAUAAAUCAGUAUAGCCUUUGUUCUGUGUGCAUGAGACCCGUCAAACAUGGGUUUUAGGUAGAUUUUAUUAGCUCAAACUAGAACUCAGAUAUCCGAAUCUAUCAUACCAGAAGUCAAAGAAGUGAUAAAAUGUGUUGCAUUGAAUCCAGAAAGAUACGCAUUAUAAAGAUUAUGAAGUUCAAACCAGUGAAAUCAGCAUAUCUUUCUAAAUGGCAUCACCAAAUAACCAUAUAUUCUUCUGUAGCUGCAUUUGUUUUGGCAAUAAAAUCAGUGAUCAACUUC